AUGGCGGUCAUUAGUACCUUCUUUUGCCUCCUCUUACUGAUCUCCUUCGUGCCAUCCCUUGUCACGCAGGACACUGUCUUCGACGUUGAGCUGGUCCACCGUGACUCCCCCCAAAUCGCCACUGGGCUCGGCUUGAGUAAUGAUGACGGGGACUACUUCAUGGGUUUCAAGAUAGGCACGCCAAAUUCGCAAUCUUUGUUGGCCAUCGUCGACAGUGGUGGUGGACUAACCUGGGUCAACAACGUUAGCUGCAAAUGCUUCAAGAAGAAGACCACCAUCCAAUUCAAUCCUAAUGCAUCCCUCUCCUACAAGAAGUUAUCUUGCUUAUCCGAUGAGUGCAAGAGUUUUAGACUGGCUCAUUGCAAUUUUAAUCAAUUGUGCCAGUACCAUGCCACCUUCGGUGAUGGCUCCAACGUUGACAGAAUUUUAUCCUCGAAAACCUUCAGUUUCACCUCAAUAGGUACGAACCAAAAUACCAUCAUUCCAAAUAAGGUAUGCAGUUGCAACUUCCGGUCCUUAAACACCCGAAUUGAUGACCCCGACAGCUUCAUUGGCGGAGCCAAAAGAAGGCCCUUCUUAGGAUGUGGCAAACAGAUGAUCACCAGAAAGAUGACAGUCACACCACUCAUGACGCAAGACUACUUCUACGCCAUGCAACUUCACACCAUCUCGAUCCCGGGUGAGUUCGACAUCUUGCUUACUAGGUUCAAGUUGGGGGCCGGUAACAUCAUCUUUGACAUUGGCACUGUCUUGACUAUGCUCGACACUCAAGUGGUGAACCAGUUAGUGAGAGAAUUGAUGAAUUAUGUUAGCUUGCCGAUUGUGAAGACGGGUGACUACAAAUUGUGCUUUAAUGUGUCCUCGACAGAGCAAGAGGAGCAGUUGCCGGGAUUGUUGUUCUCGUUUGAUGGGACAUUGGGAAACUUCAAGGAAGAUAUUUUGGUUGGACAUUAUCUAGAUAACAUGGAAUUGACCAUUAAAGAGAAAAAUUGCACUUAG